AUUUGGAUAAUAAAGACAAAUAAUCAAGACCAUGUAAACAUUAAAAAUGGCAGCCAUGCAGCAUGCUGCACGUCAUAUUUCAAGACUUAAUUUUGCUGCAAAUCUGUCAUUCCUUUUUCCUGAAAUACCUGAUUUUAAACAGCGGUAUGCAGCUGCUAAGGAGGCAGGAUUUGGAGGUGUUGAGUGUGGUGCAGAAAUAUACGCUAUUCCUAUAAGUGAGUUGGUUUCUGUGAAGGAGAAUUCCAACAUUAUUCAAGUGUUGCUAAACUCUCAGGUGGCCCCUAGUCACUUGGUUGUCAUCAAUUAUAUCAAUAUGUUUUUAAAUUAUUAUGGCUUAAACUUAAAUCUGAUAUACAGAAAUUUAUUUUCAUGGCUCAUCAAAUUUUUACUCUCAGGAGACAAUUAUGGCAUUGCUGCAGUACCAUCUAGAGCAGAUGAGUUUAGACAAUGUCUUGAACUUUCAAUUCAGUAUUGUAAUGCACUGAAAUGCAAGAGGAUGCAUAUAAUGGCUGGCCAAUAUCCAGAAGGGUUAAAUAUCACUAAAGAAAUUAGCAGGUCAUAUAAGGAAACCUACUUAAAUAAUUUAAAGUUUGCAUCACAAAGAUUGGAGUUGGAAAACAUCAAGUUAUUGAUUGAGCCGAUAUCAACCAUACCAAACUAUUUUCUGACACGAACAGACCAAGCUCUGCAAAUCUUAAAAGCAUUAAAUUGCAAGAACGUUUUUCUUCAACUAGAUGUAUAUCACCAUCAAAGAACUCAUGGAAAUAUUGCAGACACUAUCUCAGAAAAUAUUGAUUUCAUUGGUCAUAUCCAAAUUGGUCAAGUGCCUGGUCGACAUGAACCUGAUCAAAGUGGAGAAAUUAAUUUUCAGUUUGUUUUCAAUCAUUUACUGAAGGUCGGUUACACAGGUUGGAUUGGUUGCGAGUACCUACCAAGUGGUCCGAAAACAGAUUUAAGUUGGUUGAAACCUUACCUGUAUGUAUAGACUUGUGACUCCAAUAUGUUUCGACGUGUUGUUUUUAUAUAUUGUUUCGAUGGGUUGUUUCGAUGUGUUGUUUCAUCCAGUCAAGUGCUUGUAUGUUUAUUAUCAUUUUGUCAUUUUAUAUUGCUGCACAAAACGAUGACAAUAAUGCUUUUCAUAACUAGCUUUUCCAAUGCCUUGUCUGAGCCAUAGCUCUAUCUCCGCUUAACAAAAAAAAGUAUCGCAGAUAAAUACUUUUUGUCUAUAACUCUUGUCUUUACACGAAUUGUAUCUAAGGAUAAAUCUCGCUAGUCUGUUGGUACCUUUUUUAAACGGGGUCUUUAACGGUAUAUUGUCAUGGUUUUGCAUAUACGAAGAUUAGAAAAGAAUUUUUAUUUGAAUUCGAUUUUGUUAAAUUGACAUUUAGUAUUUUAUUGUACAUUUUAAUUACACUAAAUUUUCUUUCCUUUUUUGUUUGUCCGACCACUCAGAGUAUUUUCCCUAAAGGCGCGUAAUCACCCUUAUCGAAAAAAAUUAACAUAUACAAAUUUUCUAUUUAUUUUCAAGUUCAGACGGAGUUAUGACUUUCCUGAAAAUUUGAGGAUAUAAAACCUACUAGAAAUGGAAAUAAUGGUACUUCAAUAUCUUGAAUUUAUUGUUUGUUUUUUCCAGCCGCUAUUUAACGGUCUUCUUGAUCUCUUAUUCUCGUGUAAUAAGCAGGCCGUGGCAAAAUGUUCGUGUGAAACCGCAGGUAAACAAACGGCCUUAACUUUAAAUCAGCACUGAGAUGGAGUUCGAUAAGCUAGCGAGGCGAAGCUGUCUUCAGAAACAACAAGAAGAGGUCGGUGUUGCAAAGAAGUCUGAUUUCAGUAAAUUAUAACGUUGAAAUAAUAAAGAAUAACACAGAAACUUCGAUUGAUUUAUUUCAUUUAUCAUGUUCGGAAAUUUGUUAGUACAUUUAUAAAAGCAUUACGAUGGAAACACGGCUAUAGAUACUCUCCCUCAGUCAUUAUUUUUUUUGUAAUGGCAUGAAUCCAGCAACCAUGUGAUAGCUUUUGCCGUGGGUUUAUUAUCGCAUGAUUCAUGCAAUGAAAUGCAAUGGCGAUUCUGUAUGCGAAGAGAAAUUGGGGUGAGUUUGUUAUUUCUAUGAAACGUUUGAGCAUGUUCUGGUUGUCAGUUUUCAAUAAAAUUUUCAGGAUAAUGUUUUCCUAUGUAUAUCUUUCAAUUUUUACAAUAAAAUGGGUACCUCAACUUGCCUACAGAGUGAUUACGUGCCUUUAAAACUACUCCCAUGAUGCAUUGUGUGUAUAUCUAACAGAAUGUUGUGUCAUUCUUUACAUGCGAGUUUGAAAAACUCCAAGAUCUCCUCAGAGAUAGGAAAUGUAUGUUCUAGCGCAGUCGCGUGCGCGUUCCGCAGUGGCGUCACAACAAAUCCAGCACCAUGCCAUGCUUAGCCAUGCCUAGUGAAGUAAAGUCCCUAUCAUGCAGCGUUGAGUAAGGGUAAGUCUCUAAUAAUAGAUGACGUCAUCACAGUAUGCAGAAAAGGAGUCCAAAAUCUUAUAGCGCAAUUCCUAAAAAUCUACGCAUGUCAAGGUUAAGUCCCCUACUCAUUUUUGUAUGAAAGGACUUACCCUUGAUCGCAGUAAAAAGUUGUUAUCUUACAACCAUGCUGUAAGAUACCAUAAUAAAUGUGCGUCAGCUGUCAAUCAAAAUUUAAUAUAUUUGGAAGUGCAGUAGCCGGUAUUUUUAUAGCUGGCGUUGGUAUCUCUCUGCCACUAGUAGCGUUGGCACUGGCAUUAGAAAAAUCAGAGGAGGUGAAUGGAUGGAUGAGACAUCGAGGCUUUUGAGGGAAAGUCUUGAUGACCUGGAAGAUG